GCGGAUUAAUUGAUAACUCGAGUUCGAGUAGGACCUCUAAACCUAUUAUUCAACCGAUCUGGGUUAUUGAUAGGAAGGGAACAAAAUUAUGGGCCAAGUAAUUCAUUCCAUAGGCCCAUGAACCCUCGUGAAGCCCAUCAAAGUUCGGGCAGCAAAUGAAGCCUCAAGGCCCAGCUCGCAAACUGCUCAUCAUUUUCAUUUCCUUCUCUUUCGCCAAUCGUCUCCUCCCUCCCUUAUCUUCUUCCUCUUCCUUAAAAAAUCCAGAACCCCAAUCGAGCUGCCGCAAUCCUUCUGCAGAAAAUGGCCUGCAGUGCGGCAGCUAGCAUUUACGCUCCGGCAGCGCUCUUCUCUACCACUUCUGCGGAAAAACCCGCCUCCAGCUUCCCCCGUUUCCCGACGGCGUUCUUCGGCUGCUCGGCCUCCUCGCCGCCGGGCCUCAAUCUGAUCGCUUCUUCUCCGGGGAGGUCUUCUGCUUCUUAUUCUUCCUCUGCAACAGCCAGCGCGACCAAGGCGAACCCCACUGGAGAGCAGAAGUGGACCUACGAAGGCUCCGUGACCGAAUCGCUUCCAAACGGUAUGUUCCGGAUCCGUCUGGAUAAUGAGGAUUUGAUAAUCGGGUACAUUUCGGGGAAAAUUCGGAAGAAUUUCGUGAGGAUAUUGCCUGGGGAUCGGGUUAGGGUUGAGGUGAGCCGGUACGAUGUUAGCAGAGGUCGAAUCAUUUACAGACUGAGGAACAGAGAUCCCAGCUCUGAUUGAAAAAAGAAGGGGAAAAAAAAAAAACAAACCAAAGCCCGCCCUCACUGUGCAGAGACUUGUAGUAAAACUAGUCUUUCUUUUUUGUUUCAUUUUGGGUAGCCUUUCGUUUCCACCAUAAGCUUCAAUGACAUAUUUCUUGUAAAAUGCUUCUGGGUUUUGUAGGGAGUGUAUGAAAGAGGUGAUCACCAACAUAAAGUUCCAAGUUUUUUUCUGAGUGUAUUGUAAAUUGAGUUUGUUUUGUGAUGAAGUGUUAGUCUUUAUCAUGCCAAUUCAUAGCCUUAACUGAUAGCUGUUUCUGUCCAGCAAUUUACUCUUUAGUUGAUAAUCCAAUCGUUUUUGUAGUCCUGUAUUAGGCUUGCAGUUGCAGGCAUGUGGAAAAGACUAGAAAUGCAGGUCCUGUUCAUCUGUUUCUUCUCUCCACAAGCUUCAGUUGACUAUGGUUUUUAAAUAAUGCUUCUGGGCUUCAUGGUUAGUGUAUGAAAGAUGAUAAAUUGAUGACGUCAAAAGGGAAUGAAUUCAAGUUUGUUUGGGAUUGAUGCGGUGUUGAUCAUUACACCAUGAACAUUGAUAGCCUUAAAACGAUGCUCUGCUUCUAUCUGGUGGAUGAUCCCGAUCGAUAUGUAGUCCUGUGUUAGGGUUGCAGUUGCAGCCUUGCAGGUAUGGGAAAAGGACGUGAAAUGCAGCUCGUGUUCAUAUGUAAGAUAUCAUGCACCAGGUAUACUAGGAGACCAGAGAGCACGACAUGAGUAAGCCUUUCAUGGUAGAUACAACAGUCUUGGAUUAGUUUACUGAUAUACUCUCUGCAUAUAAGGUUUUGUCCAUGUUGUUAAUUAUGUCGAUCUUGUUCCGGUUGAGGGGGUGUAGUAGGAUGUUGCAUUGCAUCGUAUGCUCGCAUCGUGCUUCUCAUCUUUCUUGAUGAUCGCACGAUAUCACAUCUCCUUCAUAUAGCUUCGAAAACAAUACCUCUCGUAACAUAAGAAACUUGACAGAAAUCU